AUGUCGGAUCAAGUACAAUUCCUAAACCGAACAGGACAAGACGAAAUCCGGUGGAAGUACUCGGGCUUUUCGAGUUUCCGUACUUAGGGAUUCCUGCAUCUGCCGGUUUGGAAUCGGCCGGUGGUCGACCAUGUCCGAACGAGACGGAGCAGUCGAUGAAUCCAGACAAGAGAUAGCGACGGCGACGGCGACGGCGGCGGCGGAAGAAGAAGAAAUUUGGAGCUGGGGUGCGGGAACGGACGGCCAGUUGGGGACGUGGAGGCUGGAGGACGAGCAUCUUCCACAGCUCCUCCGCCUCCCUUCGCUGACGUCGCUCGGCCCCAUAUCCAUGCUCGCUUGCGGCGGCGCUCACGUCAUCGCCUUGACCUCCGGUGGUAAGGUAUUGACAUGGGGAAGAGGAACUUCUGGUCAGUUAGGGCAUGGCGACACGCUAAACAGCUUGUCUCCAAAGCCUGUUUCCUUCUUCCAUGACUGCGUGAUAACUCAUGUUGCUGCCGGAUGGAGUCAUUCUGGUUUUGUCUCCGACACCAGUAGCCUUUUCACCUGUGGCGAUGGCUCGUUCGGUCAGUUAGGUCACAGCGACAAUACGUCACAUUGUUAUCCAGCUAAAGUUUCGUAUUUUGCCAACAAACAUGUGAAGAUGGUAGCUUGUGGGAUGAGACACUCCCUAGUCUUGUCGACAGGUUUCCCCGGGAAUCAGGUACAUGCAUUUGGGUCUGGAAAGCGUGGCCAGCUCGGUGUCUCAUCUGACCUAACGAAAUCGAUUAAUCUUCCGCGAGUGGUAUCGGGGCUAGAAGGUGUUGAGAUUGUUCGGAUCUCAGCUAAUGGAGAUCAUAGUGCAGCACUAUCUGCUAAUGGAGAGUUGUUCACUUGGGGAAGAGGGUUUCAAGGCUGCACUACCGAUGCUCGAACCCCUCAGCGUUUGGAUUCGGCCGUAUCUUUCCGUGAAAUAGCCCUCGGAUGGAACCAUGCCCUACAACUAACCGGUGACGGCGAGGUUUUCAUGCUCGGCAAAACCCUUAACCACCAACCAGGGAAGCCAACGGAUUCCUCGGAAGCUAUCUUGGAGAAAGUUCCGGACUUUGAAGGUCUUAGAGUUCUGAAAAUCGCGGCCGGGGCAGAGCAUUCUGCUGCAGUAACAGAGAAUGGGGAAGUGAGGACAUGGGGAUGGGGAGAACAUGGUCAGCUCGGCCAUGGAAGUGCCGCUGAUCGGACAAAACCUCAAGUGGUGAAUCUUGGAAGCGGAUAUGAGCAGAUUAAGGACAUCGAAGUUUACUGUGGAAGUGGAUUUACCUUUGCCGUUGUAACACGAAAACACCUUCCUCCUCCUCUUAUUACCUGAUCAAAGAUGCGAAAACACUCUGUUUCUAUUACAACAUAAGAAAACACAGAUAGAUAGGGUCUACAUCAGCACAAUUAUAGAAAAUAAAUUGGUUUGAAAAUUUGAAAACA